AUGGGAAAAAUAAACAAUAUAACUGUUUUCAUUUUCUGGGGCCUUUCUCAAAACCCAGUGGUAGAAGAAGUUUGCUUUGUGGUGUUUUCUUUCUUCUACACGGUUACUCUUCUGGGAAACCUCCUCAUCAUCCUGACAGUGAGCUUCGGCAACCUUUUCAAGUCUCCUAUGUAUUUCUUUCUCAAUAACUUAUCUUUUGUGGACAUUUGUUAUUCUUCUGUUACAGCUCCCAAGAUGAUUGUUGACCUAUCAGCCAAGAGUAAAACUAUCUCCUAUGUGGGGUGCAUAUUGCAACUCUUUGGGGUGCAUUUCUUUGGUUGUGUCGAGAUCUUCACUCUUGUGUUAAUGGCCUACGAUCGGUAUGUAGCCAUCUGUAAGCCCCUACACUACAUGACCAUCAUGGACCGAGACAGAUGCAGUAAAAUGUUGCUUGGGAUCUGGGUAGGGGCCUUCAUACACGCCAUUAUGCAAUUGUCUUUGGUUGUCCAGCUACCCUUUUGUGGACCAAAUGAGAUUGAUCAUUAUUUUUGUGAUGUCCACCCUCUGCUGAAACUAGCCUGCACAGACACAUAUGUUACUGGUAUUUUUGAUACAUUUAACAGUGGGACCAUCUCUUUGGGGAGCUUUGUGCUCUUGUUAAUCUCCUACACUGUCAUACUGGUGUCCCUGAGAAAGCAUUCUGCAGAAGGCAGGCACAAAGCUCUCUCCACCUGUGGCUCCCACAUUGCCGUGGUCAUCAUCUUCUUUGGUCCCUGUACUUUCAUGUACAUGCGCCCUGACACUACCUUUUCUGGGGAUAAGAUGGUGGCUCUGUUUUAUACCAUCAUUGCCCCCAUGUUAAACCCUCUGAUAUAUACACUGAGAAACACAGAAGUGAAAAAGGAAAUGAAGAAACUCUGGGUUCGGAAGGUUUACUGGAAGACCAACAGCAAAUAG